AUGCCGUCCUCAGCGGUGUCCUUGUACUUGGACCCGCAGAUACGGGACUGGGUCCUUUUCCCCAUCACGGUGGUUAUGAUCCUCGUAGGGAUACUAAGACAUUACGUCGUCUCCCUACUGCAAUCUACACCUAAGAAACUCAGCCGUGCGCAACUGCGCGAGCAACGCGCCCUCACGCGCGCCCAGAUCCUCCGCGCAACGGCGGCCAACUCCCCCAUACCGCCGACGCACUACAAGGCCAUCUCGCAGUCGUUGAUCCAGGCCUUCUCGACCGGCCAGUACCUGAAAGACGGCCCGCCGAAGGAGAACGAGCAGGUGAAGCCGCCGAACCCGUUGACGGACCCGGGCCAGAUGGAGGGCAUGAUGGCCGGGAUGAAGACGCAGAUGGUGAUGAUGGGCCCGCAGAUGGUGCUCAUGGGUUGGAUCAACUUUUUCUUCCAGGGAUUCGUGUUGAUCAAGCUGCCGUUCCCGCUCACGCUUGGCUUCAAGUCGAUGCUUCAACGAGGGAUCGAGACGCAGGACAUGGACGUCCGCUUCGUUUCGUCACUUUCUUGGUAUUUCCUCAACUUCUUUGGCCUGAAUGGCCUUUAUCGACUCAUACUCGGGGGCGACAACGCCGCGGACGCAUCGCGGGAUAUGGCGAUGUCCCCGUUCGCCAACAUGGCAAACCAGCAAGCCGCUCCUGGCCAGCCGCAGGAUUUCAACAAGCUGUUCAAGGCCGAGAAGGACAACCUCGAGUUCUCGGAAGGCGUGUACACAUGGCUGGGCCAGGACGUGGAGGAUCGAGUGUUGAGGAAAUACGGCAGGCUGCCUUCACCCUGA